AUGGGGAACGACAUUCGUGGCCGGCCGAAUAGUAACGCCAAGAGCGCCAAUCGUCCUCGAUCAGCACGCUCAGCUGCAAGCUCUAUUUCGAGACGGCGUCGACAGAGCACUUCGGAAAACUUCGGUAUUCAAAUCGGCUAUCGAACUCUUUCAAUUCAUGUCUCGGAAUCUCAGCAUGCAACUGCGAAUGCAGAGAAUGACCUCAAGGCGGCCAAGGAAGGUGACGAUGAGUACUUUGCUGAGCUCAAUUUUCACACCCUUCCUGGUGUCCAGGUCUGCCAGCAACUGGGUGUUUCCCCAGACCAAGGACUUUCCGAACAAGAAGCAUCUACUCGUCUUCAGACGAAUGGACCCAACACCCUUCCAGAGCCACAAGCCAACUACCUCAAGAAGCUCUUCGUCUACGUCUUCGGUGGCUUUUGUUCCGUCCUAUGGAUCGGAGCUAUCAUUUUCUUCAUCUGUUGGAAGCCUCUGAGCGAUCCUCCUUCCGCUCAGAAUCUUGCAAUGGCUGUCUUGAUUCUUAUCGUCAUCUUUCUCCAGGCCGGCUUCUCCGCCUUUCAAGACUGGUCCACGCAGAAGACGAUGAAGUCCAUCACCAGCCUCCUUCCCUCGGAGACUCUCAUCAUGCGCAAUGGUGAUGUCAAACGCAUGGCAGCAUCUGAGCUCGUGGAAGGUGACAUAGUCCACCUGCGUACCGGCAGCAAGGUCCCAGCCGAUCUUCGACUUCUUUCUCACUCCGGCGAUAUCCGAUUCGACCGAGGCGUACUUACUGGUGAAUCCGACGAGGUUGAAGGCGCCAUUGACUCGACCGAUACGAACUUCCUCGAGAGUCGUAAUAUUGCGUUGAUGGGUACAACUGUUGUGAACGGUCACGGCGUCGGCAUUGUUAUCUUGACUGGUGCUCGGUCGGUCAUGGGAAGAGUUGCACGGGCUACAACGGAAGUCGGAGAGAAGGCCACCCUGAUCCAGAAAGAGAUAUGGAGAUUUGUUCGGAUCAUCGUCGUUCUCACGGUCUUCCUGGCACUCUUGAUCUUCGUGGCCUGGAUCGCUUGGCUGAAGCGGGACCACCCUUCAUACAUGAACGUGGUCCAGAUGCUGAACAAUGUCAUGGGCUGUGUCGUCGCUUUUAUCCCCGAAGGCAUGCCGGUGGCUGUUGCCUUGACCCUAAUGAUGGUUGCUCGAAGGAUGAAGGCGGUUAACAUCUUGCCCAAGGGUCUUUCAACUGUUGAAACCCUAGGUUGUGUCAAUGUCAUCUGCUCUGACAAGACUGGAACGUUGACGCAGAACCAGAUGACUGUCAACUCUGUAGCAUUCGUGGACAAGCCUCUCAGUUCACCCGACGAUGUGCACAAAGGUCUCAACGAGGAAAAGCCUGACGCGAUCUUUUCUGUACUUCAGAAGGCUGCUCUGAUCUGCAACGAUGCUUCAUUUGGAGCGGAUACUAUGCAUCUAUCUCCUCAAGAGAGAACAGCCGAGGGCAACGCGACCGAUGUGGCCGUCCUCAGAUUCGCGGCUUCAGCUCGAGACAGUGAUGCGAUAAUGUCAAACUCCGCACGGGUGUUUUCUAUUCCAUUCAACUCGAAGAAUAAGUGGAUGCUCACACUGGUUCACGAAGACACUGUGGAGAAGAGCAAUCGGUUUCGCGUGUUUGUCAAGGGUGCACCUGAUGUUCUCUUGCCCGCCUGUGCCAGCUUCUGGUCGGGGAGAACGCAGUCCAUCGAGGCUCUUGACGGCAAUGCCAAGAUGUUGUUCAAGGAUAUUCAGGACAAACUGUCACGGAAUGCUGAGAGAGUUGUCGUCAUCUGCGAGAAAACACUGGAAACUGUUCUUCCUCCUGGAACCAAUGCCUUUAGCGACGAGGUUGCAAUGAAGGCUUUGGAGAAUCUCACCGUCGUGGGUAUUCUAGGCAUUAUUGACCCUCCUCGACCGGAGGCUGCGUGGACUGUCGCCAAUUGUCGACGUGCUGGUGCGAGAUUUUUCAUGGUUACUGGCGACUAUGGCGUCACUGCCGCCGCCAUAGCUCACAAUAUUGGCAUCUUCACGACAUCGGAGCCCGACACUUUCGACACCAUCAGGAGGGGCAUGACACCUACGGCUGAAGAGCUUCGACAUGAGCGCCUUGUUGGCAACGGUCGCAGUCUUCUUCUUGAGGGAACGUCUAUCGCUCGGCUUGUCACUCAAGACUGGGACGUUGUGUGCGAGUAUGAGGAGAUAGUCUUCUCACGCACGACUCCUGAGCAGAAGUUGCGUAUCGUCAACGAGUUCCGCGACCGCGACAAUGUGGUCGCGGUGACUGGAGACGGUGUCAAUGAUGCUCCGGCGCUCCGAGCUGCUGACGUCGGAGUAGCUGUCGUCACAGGCAGUGACGUCGCGAUCGAGGCAGCAGACCUUGUACUUAUGGACCAAUUUGACUCUAUCGUCGAAGCCAUUCGUCUCGGACGUCUUGUCUUUCAGAACCUGCAAAAGGUCAUUGCUUACCUCCUCCCUGCGGGUAGCUGGUCCGAAAUUUGGCCGGUCCUUGUCAACGUCUUCUUUGGCGUCCCUCUACCAUUGAGCGUCUUUCUCAUGAUCGUUAUCUGUGUUUUUACCGACUUGUUUCUCUCUCUGUCCCUCAUCAUGGAGAAGCAAGAGUUCGAUUUGCUAUCUCUACCCCCUCGGAACGCGAAGCGAGAUCACCUCAUCAAUCUCAAAAUCUACGCGCAAGCAUAUCUGUUCACCGGGUUCAUGGAAACGGUCUGCGCUCAUUCAAUGUUCUUUUUCUACAUGUGGAAAUAUGCCGGCUUCCCGAUCCAUGAGCUUUUCUUCUUAUUUGAGGGCUAUGCUGAGGGCUACCAUGGGUACACGCUCGAUGAGCUGACCAGCUUCAAUGCAACCGGUCAAUGCGUCUACUUCGUCACGUUGGUUUUCCUUCAGUGGGGUAAUAUCCUCGCGGUCCGCAAUCGGAGACUCAGUAUUGCUCAGGCAGACCCGAUCACUAAGAAGAGAAGAAACCCGUGGCUUAUUGCGAGCGCCAUCAUCAGUCUCGCUAUUGCAGUCUUCGUCACAGAAGUUCCUGGAAUCCAGAAGCUUUUCGGUACAGCGUCAGUUCCAAUUGAGUUCUGGCUCCUUCCCAUACCUUUGGCGUUGGGCAUCUUGUUCGCAGAUGAAACUCGAAAGUUGCUUUUAAGGCUUUUCCCGCAAGGCCCCAUUGCCAAAGUUGCCUGGUGA